CUGCAACUUGAAGCAUGUAAGGAUGUGAAGCAACACACGUUUUAUCGCGGGGUUGUACGCAUGGCAAACAGUUAGAUUUAUUAUAAAAAUAUUUCAUUUACAAGAAUAUAUACUUUCAAAUAAAAUGGGAAUAACGAAGCAAGAAGUACAUCGACCUGGUGCAUUUAAGCAAGUUAAUAAACCACAUAAAACGGGUAGACAUCGUAGUAAAGGAUCAAUAAGUAGCGAGGUUAAAGGAAAAGUUGGAGUAAAAGUUUUAUCGAAACAUGCUACUAAAAAUCUUGGAAAGACUGCCCGAAGGCUUCAAUCUUCACAAAUUAGAAAAAACAAGAGAGAGGAAGUGUUGCAGCAAAAAAGGAAUUUUGGUGGAUCCCAUUCUGCACCUAUUCUUAUAUGCAUUAUUCCAUUACAAGAAGAUUUAGAUACUGAUAAUAUAUUAUCAAUAAUAACAAAAGCUGACGAGUCUGCAAAUAUAACUAAUAGUCCAUGUGGUACAAUACAUUUAAGUGUACCUAGGUUCAAGCAACGCUUUUCCAUUGUGGUCCCACCAGUUGGUAAUUUGUUUGCCACAUUGGACAUAGCAAAAAUAGCUACAACUGUUCUUUUUGUUGCAUCUGCUACAAAUAAGUCUGAUAAUAGUCCCAGAUUUGAAGUACUUGAUGACUGGGGAAAAGAAAUUAUUAUGCCCUGUGUUGCUCAAGGUUUGACGACUCCUCUAAUAGCACUUACAAAUGUUGAAAGUCUUCACAUAAAGAAACGUCAAGAUUUUAAAAGCCAUGUACAAUCCGAACUUUCUAAGUGGCUUCCUGAGGAAAAAGUUUUGCAAUUAGAUACUCCCACUGAUGCUUUUAAUGUUUUACGACGUGUUGGUACUCAAAAGCAAAGAACUGUAUCAUAUAGAGACAAAAGAGCUCAUUUGUUAGCAGAAGAAAUAAAAUUUAAAUGUAAUGAAAACUCCACAGAGCUUGGAACUCUUAUGAUCUCAGGAUAUCUUAGAAACGUACCAUUAUCAGUUAAUGGUCUAAUACACAUACCUGAAUUGGGAGAUUUUCAAAUGUCUCAAAUUGAUGCACCUGAAGAUCCAUAUCCAGUGGAGAAAAAGUUGAGAAAACAUUGUAAUGCAAUGGACGAUGAACCAUCCACGCGGGUUCUUGAACGUGCAGAUCCAGGGAAACAAGAAUCUCUCGAAAGUGAAAAUAUACCUGACCCUAUGGAUGCUGAACAAACUUGGCCUACAGAAGAGGAAUUAGCCGAAGCUAAAGCUCAAAGAAAAAAAAUUGUAAAGAGAGUUCCAAAAGGAACUUCUGAAUAUCAAGCAGCUUGGAUUCCUGAUGAGGAUGGAGAGGAAUUGAGUGAGUGCUCAAACGAUGAAUCAGAAGACGAGAUGUCUGUUGAUGAACCAAAUUCUCAAGCAGAUAGUGGACCAGAUGCAGAAGAAGACGAGGAAGAAUACGAGACAAUUACUGUGUCCGAAGUUCCUGAUGAACGAUACGAUCAGAAUAUCGAUAUGACAGAAGAAAAAGAAGCAAUGGAAAACUUGAAGAACGCAAAAUUAGACGCACAAUUUCCUGACGAAGUAGAUACACCUCAAGAUAUGUUGGCAAAACAGAGGUUUCAAAAAUAUCGUGGACUUGAAUCAUUCAGAACAAGUCCGUGGGAUCCGAAAGAAAACCUUCCUACUGAUUACGCUAGAAUAUUUCAAUUUGAAAAUUUUGAUCGAACGCGAAAACGUAUAUUUAAAGAAUCUCAGGAAAUAGAGGGUGCUAUGCCUGGUUGGUAUAUCACAAUUCACGUUGUAAAUGUACGGCAAGAUCUUUUUAUCACAUUUUCUUCAUUGGAAAAUCAUCCAUUAAUUGUAUUUGGUUUACUACCAAACGAGCACAAAAUGUCUGUCUUAAAUGUGGCAUUGAAACAUAUUAAUAUUAGUCCACAACCAGUGAAAUCUAAAGAAAAAUUGAUAUUUCAAUGUGGAUUUAGAAGAUUCACUGCGUGCCCAAUAUUUAGUCAACACACAAACGGAAACAAACAUAAGUAUGAACGGUAUUUUCGUCCAGAAAACACUGUCGUAGCAAGCAUGUACGCUCCAAUUAUUUUUCCACCAUGUCCAGUAUUAUGUUAUGUUCAAAAAUUGAAUAAAUCAUUGGAAUUAAUUGCAACCGGAAGUGUAUUAUCUGCAAAUCCAGAUAGAAUAGUUGUAAAACGUGUUGUUCUUAGCGGCCAUGCGUACAAAGUACAUAAACGAUCAGCAGUUAUAAGAUUUAUGUUCUUUCAUCGAGAAGACAUAAACUGGUUUAAACCAGUUGAACUACGAACGAAAUAUGGUCGUAGAGGACAUAUAAAAGAACCAUUAGGUACUCAUGGUCAUAUGAAAUGUGUAUUUAAUGGUCAACUGAAGUCGCAGGACACGAUUUUAAUGAAUUUAUACAAAAGAGUAUUCCCAAAAUGGACAUAUGAACCUUUAUUGUUAACAGAGUUACAACAUCAAAAUGAAAGCAUGAACAUAGAAUAAAAUCUGUUAAUUAAAGUAUUAGAAUGUAUAUAUACUAAAUAAAAUUUUGUUAUACAUUUAAAA